AUGAUGCAGAGGAAUAAACCUAGUGUGUUAGUGGUAUCAAUCGUCAUUAUAGUGCUGUUGGUGCUAAUAAUUACUACCAAAAGAAAUAAACAAAGGAUUUUCUCACGACCGGUAUGGGAUUUCAAUAUUGAGAAAAAAUGCAGAAAUGAAUUACGAGAAUCUGGCGAUAAGGAUGAUGUAAUAAAUGGGCAUCAGUUACCAAGCAAAAAAGAUCUGUGUUCGCUCUCAAUGCAUCAAAUAGAAAGUACUUACGCCUGGUACUUCAACAAUAUCCAGACUAUAUGUGGACACAUGAAACGCUUUGGCAAGGUCAAUGAUGGUGGAUGGGAUGUGUGCGUGGAAGACAGCAUGGUGAGAAGGGACAGCUGCUUGGUGUAUUCAUUUGGAAUCGAUUUCGACUUCAGCUUUGACGAUGAUAUCUCUGAACAGUGGGGCUGUGUGGUUCAUUCGUUCGACCCGAGCAUGGAUACCUCUAGCCAUCAACGGAGUCCAAAAGUAUCUUUCCACAACCUGGGAUUGUCAAAUGUUAAUGCCAUAAUGCCCAAAACCGAAUGGACGAUGAUGACAUUCAACAAAGUGAGAGAAACUCUCGGCCACCAAACGGUUUUCCCAGAUAUCAUCAAAAUGGACAUUGAAGAUUGGGAAUGGCAUGUUAUACCUGAAAUGUUGUCCUCCAAGGUUUUAAACAAUGUGAAACAGUUCCUGGUGGAAUUUCAUUUUUCUAACAUACCUGAAGCAGAUUCGAGAUUGUUUUGGAUAUCGAAAUUCUUCCUACUGAAAGAUUUAUAUGCAAUAGGAUUUCGAAUGACUUGGGUUAAUAGAAAUCUGUUGAACGUUUGGAAGUCUCGAGUAACUGGGGAAAACAUCAUCGGUUGCUUUGAAAUAACAUUCAUUAGGAAAUUGUGA